UCACGCGAGCGGCCCCACAUCCGGGAGCGGGGCCCGGGAGCUUCCGGUUGGUGCCGUUCCGCCGGGCGGCUCUCGGCAGCGGCGGGGCCUGGCGGUCCCGAGGCCGUUGCCCCCUCGCCCCUCCUUCCCCGCCCCGGGGCUGCCCCCCUUCCCCCCCCGGCUCAACCAGUGCUCACCUGCCCAUCUCCGCCAGCCCCCCACGCUACCUUGCACAUCCUUUUGUCAAGCACCGAGCGUCUCCCCUGGCCGCCCGCCGGGACCCCCUCGGUUGGGCACCGAGGGUCCCCCUGGGAACGAGGGUCCCGCGAGGGCAUCGGCCCGCUCUGAGCGGGGUUUGCGGGUUUAUCUCGUGCUCCUCACUUCUCCCCGCAUCCUCCUUCCACCUCCCCCCCUCCCAGCCUCACUCAGGAUCGACUAGUUUUCUCCAGCGGGCCAGGAGUGGGGCUCGCCCCGUGGGUUGCGCAUCCUGCGGUGCUUCCACCGCUGGUAGGCCGGCCGCCAGUUCUCCAUCCCGCCCCGACCGGUGCUGCUGAAGUUCCCCGUGUUUCCCCAGCAAGUUGUUGUAGCAAAGGCCCCCUACAACCCCACCCCUUCCCGCCCCGCGCCCUUUCACUUGGCCAGCGAGCAUGGAGUUUGCCGAGCUGAUCAAGACCCCUCGAGCAGACAACGUCGUCCUGCACCGCCCUUUCUACCUGCCUGUGGAGGGAACUCUGUGUUUGACUGGCCACCAUCUCAUUUUUUCUUCACGGCGUCAAGAUAACGCUGAGGAGCUGUGGCUGCUGCACUCCAACAUCGAUUCUAUUGAAAAGAGGUUUGUGGGCUCGUUGGGUACCAUCGUUAUCAAAUGCAAAGACCUGCGCAUUAUUCAGCUGGAUAUACCUGGAAUGGAGGAGUGUUUGAACAUUGCUAGCUCUAUUGAGGCACUUUCCACACUGGACUCUGUCACACUCAUGUAUCCCUUCUUCUACCGACCCAUGUUUGAGAUUAUUGAGGAUGGCUGGCGCUCUUUUCUGCCCGACCAAGAAUUUGAGCUCCUCAGUUCAGUGACAGAUGAUUGGCGUCUCAGCUGCAUCAAUAAGGAAUUCUCUGUCUGCCCCUCCUACCCUCCUGUUGUCAUUGUCCCCAAAUCAAUUGAUGACGAAGCGCUUCGGAAAGUUGCUCUGUUUCGCCAUGGCAGCCGCUUCCCGGUCCUCAGCUAUUAUCACAAGAAGAAUGGGAUGGUCAUGAUGAGAAGUAGCCAGCCUCUUACAGGUACGAAUGGGAGACGGUGUAAAGAAGAUGAGAAGCUCAUUAAUGCCACACUACGGCCUGGCAAGCGCGGCUACAUCAUUGAUACAAGGUCCUUGAAUGUUGCCCAGCAGGCCAGGGCCAAAGGAGGGGGUUUUGAACAAGAAGCACACUAUCCCCAGUGGAGGAGAAUUCACAAAUGUAUCGAGAGGUUUAAUAUUCUGCAGGAAAGCCUCAUCAAACUUGUGGAAGCUUGUAAUGACCAGUCACACAACAUGGACCGCUGGCUCAGUAAACUGGAAGCUUCCAACUGGCUGACUCACAUCAAAGAGAUACUGACUGCAGCUUGUCUGGCUGCUCAGUGUAUCGAUAGGGAAGGGGCAUCAGUAUUAGUCCACGGGACUGAAGGAACUGAUUCGACACUCCAAGUCACUUCUCUGGCACAGAUUAUCUUGGAUCCACGGUGCAGGACCAUACGUGGCUUUGAAUCUCUUGUUGUGCGGGAGUGGCUGCAGGCUGGUCACCCUUUUCAGCAGCGCUGUGCCCAAUCAGCCUACUCAAACAGCAAACAGAAAUGGGAGGCCCCAGUGUUUCUCCUCUUUCUAGACUGUGUGUGGCAAAUCCUUCGUCAGUUCCCUUGCUCCUUUGAAUUCAACGAGCAGUUCCUCAUCAUGCUCUUUGAACAUGCUUACGCCUCACAGUUUGGGACUUUCCUGGGAAACAAUGAAAAUGAAAGGUCUAAACUGAAGCUGCUACAAAAGACUAUGUCCCUGUGGUCCUGGGUGAACAGGUCUGAAGAGCUGAGCAAAUUUCAGAAUCCUCUUUUUGAGGCCAACAGCCUUGUCAUCUGGCCCUCUGUUGCCCCACAGAGCCUGCAGCUCUGGGAAGGUGUCUUUCUUCGCUGGAACAGGCCUUCCAAGUUCCUAGACGAAGCCCACGAAGAAAUGAUCAGCAUUAUAAAAUACAACAAGGAACUUCAGGCAAAGGUUAAUGCACUGAGGAGGCAGCUAGCAGAGAUGGAGACAGAUGACAGGAUGCAGGAGAACCUGUGAGCUGGCAGGGCCUUGCCUCAGGUCUUUCCUUUCUGGUCUCCUUUAUGUUAAAGACUAAACAUGAAAAAUGCAUGUAUUGCAGAGCCCUCUGGGUACAGUUGACCCUCAGUCCUUCCACUGCUGAAACCUUCCCUUCACAAUAUGUACAUCUCUGCUUUCUUGGGGGAGGGAUUUCUGUUUUGUUUACAGAAGACAUCACUGGGCCCAGUGUCCUCUCUCGGCAGCCUUUCUGUCUCAGUGGUGUACGGUGUCAGCAGAAGCUGGAACUCUCACUUCCACCCAGCUGUGUGGAUCACCAGGAUGAGCCAAGAGACAGGAUGGUUCAAAUUUGUUUUGGACUUUUUCCAGUUUUGUUGAAUUCAGCAGGAUUAAAAUGCCAAGUUACAUACAGAUAGGUAAAGGCAUUUUGUCUGAAAGCACCUUUUCUCUCCAAGAGUAAGGAAGGCAGCUUAGUUGAGUUUCCAAGAAAAAACUAGAAGAUGGUAUAAUCUAAUUACAGGUUUUAUCAGUCUAUAUGAUACUCUCAGUAGCCUUCACACUUGAUUUUUUCAUGUCAAAUGGUAAUUUGAAUACCAAACCAGAGCAAGAAAUUUCAGUGCAAUACAGAACUGAGGUAGGGAUUCUGCUGCUAAUGUUGAAGCCAUGACCUUUCAGGUGGCAUUGUCCCACAGGGAUAAGUAUCUCCUAUGGCACAACAAACUUUUCUGUUUUGCCUGGAAAACAAAAAGGUUAAGUAGUUGGUGGAGGUGUUCACUUCCAAAGCAGUGGCUCAGAGCUGUGUCAUGUUGAGUCAUGCUGCCCUCUUGAAACUUAAGGCUCUUCUGUACACUUGAACAGGUUCACAGCAUUGCUAAGGUGCAAGAGCAGCACUCCAUCUACAGCUGAGCAAAACACUCCUGCUACACCUGGUGUGCUUUAUCCUCUCAUGCUCUUACUACAUGUUCUGUGAAAGCUAAAAAGCAGAAGUUGGGAGUUCAGGAGACCUAAUGUAUCAGGUAGCUGCUGCAGAGAAAGAGGCCAUCACACUACAAAAGUGCUAAUAGUUUAGAUGAUUUGUAGCUGCUAAAACUACUUAAAUACUUUAGGGAUAAGCUUUUUUUUCAAGUAACUCUAUAUUUCAUAGCUGAUCUCUGUUUCUGUGACUGCAGUCUGCUUUUGUAAAAUCAAGAGGUUUUGCUAGAGAUUUUUUUUUCCCUUUAAAAAGACAGAUAAGAGUGAGUCUGAAAUAUUUGCUCACCUGGGCAUUUGUUCAGCUUGAUUCCACUGUUAGGUGUACACGACUGAAGACUUGAAUUAACAGCAGCACAUCAGCAGCACACGUGGCUGGGAUUAUCUUCAAAGGCUCUUGCUGUUCCAUCUCUGCUGAAAGGAUCGGAGCUGUGGUCAGUCAGGGUUGAUCUCUUUAGAACCUUUUGAGCUUCUGUGACGCUCUCUGUUGUUUUGGAAGAAAGCUGCCUUUAUUUAAAUACUACUUCAUAAGGACAGAUACACCUGACAACAAAGGACCUUUAGUUGUCAUAGAAGUAUCUGGAGUGUAAUCUGCAAAAUUGUGUAACUACUAAAUGUAUUCUAAAGAAACUUCUAUAAUCAGUGAAACUAUAGAGAAUUAUGUGAUAGUGAUUAAGUGCUACCUUACUGCCUUUUGCUUCAGCCCUCAUUUCCCUCAUUGUCCUCUUCUGGACUAACCUAAACUUAGCCCUAAAGUUAUCUGGCUUUAAAAAAAUUAAGAAGAUCCCUUUUAAACCAUUAUUCACUUAAGGCAGAAGAAUAAUUCCCCCUUCCUUGUAAUACCAGUUUCUUUUUAGGUUUGGAGAGUGACAGUCUUAUUCACUAAAUCAAGUCAUGCUUGUCAGGAUGGCUGGUGAUCUCUGCUGCCUAACAGGGGAGGCAAAAGCUAGCCAUGCCUUCUUCCCACCUCCAAAGGCUUCUCGAGCUGCCUUCUGGGUAUGGUGCGAAUUAAAAUCAUCCUUUGAAAUGAUGAUCUGCACCUGCCUGGGUGUUGCAUCCCUAUCCAGUUCAGAAUUGCUACUGUUCCUGUACAUCUGAAAUACAUCAUUGCCAGCCAGAUGGGAAGGAUUCGGAAGGCACUAUUUUCCCCAUAACAGACUAUACAUAAAACACACUUAAAGGUUAUGCAAUUUCCUAACAUAGUAAUUAUACAUUGAGCUAAAUAAUAGAGAAGCAAAGAGGGUUUGGGUUUUUUUUUAUCUAAUUGCCUGGCUGCUCUAAUCUCUCAUGCAAACUGCUGACGCCUGAGGAAAUUGAGUAACCAGCUGUGAGAGCCAACAAAAGGCAGAAAAUUCUGAGCUGGCAAUCCUCAACUUGUGUACCAGGACUGAACCCACACCCAAGUGCUGUGUUCUUGCUUUUGCUGAGCAGCGCUGUGGGUUGAAGCCUUCACGUGAAACUACUGCCCUUCUGAGUAGCCACAGCAGUUUCUUCCCAGAUUCCUGUGCUACACAUCACCUUGUAGUCACUGCAAACAGCAGGAGGUGGAGGCUUAAGCUAACCUGCAAAUAAUCAUCUUCAUGAGACGUUACUUGGAGCGGUCCUGCAAGGUGUUGCACAUCAGGAAGCAGAGGCAAGAUGUAUGGACUCUUGCAGGUCCUCCUAGGAGAAGACAGUUCACAGACCUCUUGUGUCAGGAUGCCUGCACAUUCUCCUUUUAACCUUUUCAUUCCAGUCUGGUGGCUACUGGUGUAAUACUCAGAACACUCCAGGGUUUUUUUGCUUACCUGCAUGUCCACUGUAUUUACUCACAUAUUGCUGAUGAGCUUAUAUCCUCUUAGAGAGCUAUAUCUGCUGGCCUCUGCCUCUCUGACACCCUCUUUGCAGGUCUUCCUGAGCUGUAAGCACUGGGGCAAGGCCCAGCUCCAACUCUUCAGCCUGACACUGCCUUACACUCUUGCUGACACCCCUGCUUCUGCUCUUUUGCACAUAGAUAUUUGUGUAACAAGCUGAACACUGAGGGCCCCUUUCCCCAGUCUUUGGGGGUCAAUUGAUGCGGACACUCUGCCAUUUACCAAGCAAAGACAAAAGGGAAAAGGAACUAAAUUGCACAGGUUUCAUAAGGGAAUAUGUACCUUCAGUAUUUUGAUUGUAUUGAUCUAACUCUUGAAUGUGGCGCCCCGUUUUAAGUGCACUACUGUCCAUGUUACUUAUGACACAACCGAAGUUGCACUGUGCAGCCUUUUGGAGUCUUAAUGUGUUGCUUUGCUGAAGCCUUGGGAAGUGCUGUCAUAUACAGGUUCUUGUGGGAGGGGAAAACAUCUGUAGGAGCACUCCCCUUCUUUGUGACAGUGUGCCAUGGAAUAGCACUGUGUGAUGUGUGCUAUGUAGCUGUUAACUAGUACCAAAUUAAGUGAUUGAGUGCACUUCUGUCCAAACAUCUGGAAUUGCUGAUUGGACUUGGCUGCUGCAUCAGUCUUCUUUGUUGCUUUUUUUUUUUUCCUAAAUGAAAUAAAUAACAGGGCUGGGAGGUGUGUGCUAUUGUUAGAUGUAUGCUGUAUGUGUACAGAAUCCCAGCCCCUGGGGUGUUGAAUAUAUUGGCAAAAAAAAAAGGUAACAAAUCAGAAAAUCAAGAGUCAUUGCUUAAGUUGUUCAGGGGGGUGGGGGGGAACAGAUACAAAGCAGCUAUAAACUUUGCUGUAAAUAUGUUGGGAACACAGUAGAAAUGUCUGUUCAAAUUAAAACCUUGAAGACUCAAAAA